GGAUGAGACAAGAGAACUACAACUUGCAUUCAGAAAACAAAGAAUCAGGGGAUUCUCGUAUUUCUCAAUUCGAACCGAAUAUUUGACAAAGGAUGUCUCGUGUUGCGUUUUUAGUACUGAAUCAAUGUCGUGCACGUCGGUGAGUCGGUCUAAAUGCAAAGCCACUAACGCAGGUGUAAGGAGAUCAGCAUUUCGAAUAACAUACCGUUCGUGAUCGAUGGGACUUCAUAAUUGCAUUUAGCUUCGUAUUAUUCGAGGUUUGCCUUGUAUCGGUCUUCUGAAUUAUAUCAAGGAGCUACUGUCUGGCGAUUCCACUGAGAAAUGAACGAUGUGUUGGCCAAAUCUCGUAUUUACUUCUCUCGGACCCGGGGGGUUAACAACUGGAUCUGGAGGACAAAACUUUGAUUUUGAUGAGCAAACGAAGAAGCUGCAAUAUUGCAAGAUGGGUCGAGAAGAUAGCCUUGGAAAGUUCAAUCAAGGGCAACAAUGAUCAUGCAGUCUACAAAUAUUGGGCUUUCGUUGAUUGUGAGUCUUGAAAGGCUUCACUCUUGUUGUCUUACGGUAUCAUCUCGGACAUAGAAACAAAUUUUGAUAAUGCUAGCAGUUAUUUCUCCAGAAGAUUGUGAUCUUCAUUAGACCAGCGACUUCAACAACUCACCAUCGACGAUUGAUCACUUGUCCACAGCUCUCGUGCUAAAUUAUUUCCAGCUACUUCUGCUGAGGUUUCACCCAAUAUUUCUUGUGCUUGACACAUCAACGUUGUCUACACUUGCUACCUAGCAAUUCCUCCCCCAAAAAGCUUUUAAAGGUAACUCACCGACUUCUUCGUAUAUGCAGUGUUGCUUGGUAAUGGCUUUUGUCCCUCGAAGGCUUAUUGAGCAAACCGCACUCCUACGAAUAGGAGAACCCGCUACCCGCCGUUGACAGGAACUUACAAACCCCUAACUCAUAGUUACACGACACGUAACAUUUCAUUACCAACAAGUACUGCUCGAACGGCAAUAUGCUACAAUCGAAGCGGCAGCAAACCCGAUCUUCCAGAUGAACGCAAGAGUGUAAAUUCCACCAGGCAUUGAAGCUUGAAAUGAACUUCUGAGGGGUAAUGAGAGGUGAUACCUACGAUAUGGUGAGAGACACUAACUGAUAUCGACACUGCUUGAAACCUUAUAACAAAGUAUCAUGAAAGAAGUGUCAAUAAUUUUAGUCAGAGGGAAUCAAGAUAUUAGAUUUUUUGAAAACAGAUUAUCA